GUACUCGUAUCGUUCGCGAUACGAUAUAACGAUGUUAAACGUAAACAAUGAAGAUUCAACGAGUUCGGAAGAUGAAGUAUCAAAGGAUGCAUUAAGGGAAGCGACGGAUCAUCACUUUUUCAAAAAUACUUAUUUGUCUACGACAAAAUCUGAAAAUACAAAAAUCUCUGAAAAGACCAACGAGGACAUACGCAUUGAAAAUUCAACAAGUAUCAAAUCAUUAAGGAAAAACUUGGAUCAGGAAGAUCACUUUGAAAACUUUGGAGCAAGUCCAUCAUUUCAGAAUUAUGUAGCGAGAAAACUGGAUGAAGUAAUAGAGAAAUCUAUUAAAUUAAAGGACAAAAAGAAGAAAAGUACUUCUUCUACAGAUGACAAAGAAAGCACAGACAACAGUAUUGGUAUAAAGCUGCUUAGCUCUUCAGUGGAAUUUCUAACAGAAAAGGAAGAAGUUGAGAAACCACAAAAAAAGAGAAAAAUUCCAGCAACAAUAGAUGAUAAAAAGAAUUUAGUAAAAUGUAAGGAAGUUGCUGUAGAUCCCAAAUGGAUUUUAUCAAAGACAGAUACUAAAGCUUGGAAGAGCAAGCGAAAGGAACCUGAAUUUAAAUAUAAAAAACUAAAAAAUGGAACUUUGGUAGAAGAUACUUAAAUUAAACUUAAGUUAUACUG